AUGGUCGCCGUCGCAAUUGGAGCUGAUGGAGGUGGUUUCACUGGACUUGGAGGAAGGCCUACUCAAGAACAAUUUUGCCGCCGCCAAUUGAGGAUAAUUUUUUGUCAGUCCCACCGCUCACCAUCCUCGCCGGAGUCGGAUCUGUUAGCCGUGAAGGUCAUUGGACGUCGCACGGCGGAGUGGAGGCCGAUUUCACAUCCUCGACGCGGCAGUGCUGGUGAGUUUUCCAUCGAAAACACUGUUGUCGCAGCCGUAUCUGGUGCGCGGACGGCAGAGGCGCGGAGAUGGGAUCUGCUCUUGUCCGCGACGGUCGGCGUGAACGGUGGGGAUACGGCGGGGAUGGCGUCGGUGUCAUCUGGAUCGGCCAGGCUCGUGUCGCCGGAGGAGACGGUGGUUGGCUGGCGGCCAUGGCGGAGCUUGUGCCGGCUGCUGCGGUGUAAUUUUCCCAUUCAGAUCAUGACAUAA